AUGAUGAAGAACAUAGCUUCACUUCAUCCACUUCAGUCAACAUUGCUUCGCCAGCACAUGGAUCAUCAACAAUGUCGCCCGGAUCACCUAUAUCAAAAACGCCACCACCGAAGACUACCUCUACCUGGUAGUACGCAAUCCCUUUUCCAGUCUUACUUGGAUAAAAAAUACAGUCAUGACAGACAAGAAGAAGAGGAUCCCAUUAUAAUGUUUUUUAAAAAUCUUGGCCAUACUGUGUCGCAGUUUUCUCCAGAUUUGCGAUUACGUGUGAAAAGAGCCGUGUUCAAUAUCGUUUGUGAAGCGGAAGAAAAUAUUCAAAGAAAUGCGACUGUUAACAUCUCAACCCCUAUUGCAUCAAGUUCUUCAAGCAGGCAAGAAUAUGCAACAGAUGUUGAUGGAUCUAGUUCACGACAGUCAUAUAUAAUUUUAAAUACCAGUCAACUUCAAUCUGUUGAAGGCACUUCACAAAUGGCAACAUCCCCGUUGCAAUCGCAAACUCAAAACUAUGCAAGUCCAUUGAACGAAUAUAUUCGAUUUCAAAAAUAA